CUUAAUCGUCAGAGCUCCCAUGGCGCGACUCAUACGACCGAUGAGGCAAUUUUCGCCGCAGCUUCACCAUCACUUCUCUAACCGAGCAACGCACCAUCAAUUCGUCUCUCAGUUGCCUCCUCCGCCGUCGCUGUCUACUGUCCUUCUAUUCACUUCUUACUCCACUGCGUCGUCUCUGCCUCGCCGUAGAUUCAACCUCCGGAAACGCCAUCCUCCGCCGGCGGAAGCUCUCGUUCCGACGGUUAUUGUAGAAGAAGCUGGCGGCGAUGACGAUAUCGGUGAGUCCGACGCGAAGAAGAGCCGUAACCUGCGGAAGCGCGAAGCUCGCCGGGCAGUCCGAUGGGGUAUGGAACUUGCUUCCUUCUCCAACGAUCAGAUCAAGCGGAUCCUGAGAGCUGCGUCGCUUGAAGAAGAUGUUUACGACGCAUUGAUGCUUGCGAAGAGACUAGGCCCAGAUGUUCGAGAAGGAAAGCGGAGACAGUUCAACUAUAUCGAGUUUGGGGAAAAGGGGCUGUAUACACGAGUUGACAGGGAUUUAGACAAAAGUGCUGAUUAUGGAGAAUUCAUGGAUAAGAAAAAACCUGUACCUGAUGGGUGUGGGUGGAAGAUGAAAGUGGAUUCCCAUGAGGUGAUGAAAUUUGGUGCAAAUUCACCGGGAACACAAAUGUUGGAGGAGUUAAAACAGAGGUUGCAGUCAGCACAACAGAAGAGGAAGACUGGGGCUGAUAAAGAGAGAAGAGAUGUGGAAUUACGCAAGCUUGUUCGGAAUCUGCGUUUGGCUCAAGAGCGACGUAAAUCUGUAACCGAGGAGACUGAGAAGAAAAUCAGUGCUGCUGUUGUGGCCGCCGAAAAGUCCCUUACCCGUUUCCUCUAUUCCCUGGCAAAACAAGUGCAGGGUGGACAGAGUGAUUCGUACUUGUAG